AGAUCCAGGGACCCAGCGGGGUGAUUCGCUCAAGUGCCCGACCACAUCGCCGAGCCCCCUAAACCCAAAGCCGUCCUCCUUGCUCCGGCGCGACGACGAGUCACCCGCCGCCGCGCGAUGGCCGACGGCGCUAGCAGCAGCGGCGGUGCGCGGGACGGGGGCGAGUCGGUGGUGAUUGACUACGGCCGGCGCCGCACGACCUGCGGCUACUGCCGAUCCUCCGGGCCCACGAGCAUCUCCCACGGUAUGUGGGCUAAUAGUCUGAAAGCUGAUGAUUAUCAAGCUCUCCUUGACCGUGGAUGGAGGAGAUCAGGUUGUUUUCUCUACAAACCUGAGAUGGAACGAACAUGCUGUCCCUCGUAUACGAUACGCUUGAAGGCAAAUGAUUUCAUUUGUUCCAAAGAGCAUGGUCGUGUACUUAAAAAGAUGCAAAGGUUCCUUGAUGGUGAACUUGAUCCACAGGUUGGAAUUCCACAAUGUAAGGCAAGCCCUACAAAACGCACGCUCAGUGAACCUUUGAAUUCACCUACCUCAAAAGUAUCCAAGGUAUCAACAAAUGAGUUUCAAGCAGCCACAUGCCCAAAUUUCUUGAAAGAAGAUGAGUUCAUCCGUUGUUUGUCAAGUAAAAUCAAUGAGGCAAUCGAUACAUGCUUCCAAGGAGGGAUACUAGGUUCUACGGUUCAACUCCCAAAAGCUGUUGUGAAGACUGUUAAACCUCAGGUCAAAAAGAAAGUAGGAGAAGCAGCGCAAGAGCAUAAAGUAGGAGGAGUGAUAGAUUUGGUGUAUACAUGCAAUAUAAGUUUCCAGAUAGUGGCUGCAGUUCGACGUGCAUUGCCUAAAGAAAACGGUGCUAAUCAAACUGAAGUACUAGCAGAUCUUUCUCCAAAUUCUGUUGCAGAAAAGCUGGCCAUGACAACGGAACGUCUUGGAGGACUAUCUGGUUUUGAAGUAAAGGCUUGUAAUGGGCAUCUUAAUUUCUAUUCUGCCACCAAUCCAGCAAUGCAGAACCAUACCGGUGUUGUACCUGCUCAAGCUUCAGACGACUCUAGUAGGUCAAAGCAGAGCUCUGUGAACAAAAUUUCUGCAAAACAACCUCAAAAAAGGAAAAGCCUGGAGAUUAGGAUGAGCACAUCUCAUUUUGAUCCUGAGGAGUUUGCUUUGUACCGAAAGUAUCAGACAAAGGUGCAUAAGGAGAAGACAGUUACGGAAGGCUCGUACAAGAGGUUUCUAGUAGAUACACCAAUCAUAUUUGUCCCCCCAAAGAGUGGUGAUGAUACAGUUCCACCAUGUGGGUUUGGGUCUUUUCAUCAGCAGUACAGGCUUGAUGGAAAACUUGUGGCUGUUGGUGUAGUUGAUAUCCUUCCUAAAUGUUUGUCAAGCAAGUACUUAUUCUGGGAUCCUGACCUUGCUUUCCUAUCUCUUGGAAAGUAUACGGCUCUGAAGGAAAUAGAUUGGGUCAAGACAGCACAGGAACAGUGUCCCAGCCUUCAGUACUACUAUCUUGGUUACUAUAUACAUUCUUGCAAUAAGAUGAGAUACAAAGCUGCUUAUCGACCAUCAGAGCUUCUGUGUCCAGUCCGUUACGAGUGGGUUCGCUAUGAUUUAGCCAAGCCUCUAAUGGACAAGAGUCAAUAUUCCAUUCUAUCUGAUUAUGCUACAAUGCAAGAUGAAACCCCCCAGCCUCAGAUCUGUGGCCCUUCAGAUGACUCUUCAGCAAAAGUUGACCAUCACGAAUCUCCCAGCGAUGAGGAUGAUGAAGAUUUCAACGACUAUGAAUCAGAAAUGAUGGUUGAUGAAGAGUUAGUUGAUUCAGAGAAAGCGGAUACAACUGAGAGUGAUUCCAGCAUAAAGGACAUUGAAAAUAUCACCCUAGACCUCAAUGGUUCUAAAGUUAAAUAUAAGGACCUUCAGCAAGUGUUUGGGCCAAUCGAGAGGGUACACCUCAAUGCGCUAGACGGGCAACUGAGCAGAUACGCCAAAGUUGUUGGGAAGGAGCUAUCUGAUCGAAUGGUGUAUUGCCUCUCUUGAUAUGCAGCCGUGCCCGAGAGGCUCCGUGAGCUAUGAAAGGUGACCGUGAGAGAGUCGUACUCGAUCAUUCAGAAAGAAAAGUCCAACUCGGUACUGUUGCAGUGUUGCUUAUGCCCACCGGCUAUUUCUUGUAAAAGAUGCGAAGAGCUCACAGUCGAUGCUGCCAUGACACAUUGUCUGGUCGAUUCUGUGUACGUAGAAGUAUUGUCAUUCAGGCCUUCUUUUCUGAUCGGCACGGUCUAUCGACAGCCGAAGAGGAAAGUGGCGAUUCGAUUCGAGAUGCCCUCAGCCUGAAUGGGCUAGAAAGUGGCGACAUCGGUAA